AAACAGAAUUGGUUCCAUUUGAGGCUUGAAAUUGAGGAAAAGAGAGAAGAGGAGAGGCAGAGAGUAAGCAAUGAAUUUUGCAAAUUUCCAAUUGUUUCUUCCACUCUUCUUCUUCCUCUUCAUAUCUUCCUAUCGCGCUUUUGGGCAGCAAACGGAUUGGAACAGCAAAGAGACUCAACAUGGGAAUGGGGUUGGCCGAAGAGUUCUUCUGAGUUUCAAAGAAAAGCCCUCAGGAAGUAAUGUUACCUUUGAAUGUGCUCCUUCCGGUCCCUGUGUCCCCUGCCUCUACUCUGAGAAGGGUGAUGAUAAGUAUCGCUGCAGUGAGACUGGCUACCGAAUUCCAUUCAAAUGUGUAGAAAUUAAAGAUUCAACAAAGGAUGCAAAAAAAACAAAAUCUCAAAAGGGUCGGUCCUUGUUGGAAAUUUCUGAUGGUAUUGCAGAAUCUAAUGAAGUGUCGCAUGUUGCUGGAGAGUCCACAUCUUCACAAUCACAUAGAAGAUUAGAGGAUGAUUCAUCAUCUUCAGAUGAUAAGUCACAGGCUUAUGUCACUUAUAGAAGCUGUAUAACUCCAAUUAACGAAGAGAAGUUGUCGGUGCUUAAUUUUGAGGGGAUGGUGAUUUUUUUGUUUCUAAUUAGCGGAUCAAUCAUAUACCUGAGAAAAAAGAAGGCCGUAGCCAUGUCUGGUUAUGUAGCAGGAAGGGGUCAAAACAACUCUCGAUUUUGAAAUUGAAGCCUAAUGAAUGAUGACAUUUUUACUCCAUACAUAUUGAUUGUAAUAGGACAAAAUGUUGGGAUUUAGUGGCCUCUUUUGUAUUUUUGUAGUGAUUUUAAAUGUAGUAUAGUUUUACAGGCUUUCGGCAUCUCUGCACUUAUAUAAAGUCACAUGUGGACCACGGUAGUCAUGGUAUUCGUUGCAAUUUGAGGCCAUAUAGUAUGAGUCAAUUUUGGCUAAUUUAUUGGACCAGGGGAUUUUUAGGAUUUUUUUCCCAACGAAUCAGCAACCUUUCUUGUAACAAGUAUUAUAUAUUUUUUUAUUCUUAUAUGUUAUUGUUGAAAUUUAGCGGGUUCGAAAUUCCAUAAU